AUGCGGUCUUUACAGAAUCACUGCGGUUUUGUCAUUGCUCUUAUCUCGGCAGAGGUCAGCCCCGUACGCGAUGGUGGAAGGCAGAUCUGGAAUGAGCCCAUUGUGAUUUACCAACCUGGCAGUCCUCCCCCUUCGAAAGCUGCAUGCCUGCUAGCUACGCCAAAGGUUUCCCAGGCCUCGAACAUAGUGGAUCUGGAUCAUGAGUCAACACCUUCAACAAGGUGA